AUGUCUACGGCUUCUGCGUCAACUCCGGAAGGCACAUCACCUGCCAAUCCUAGUGCACCCUCAGCCGAGUCCACAAUAAGCCCCACUGACCGCACAAUUCUCGAAUACCUGCGGAGUAAAGGGUACAAGGGUGCGGAAAAAGAAUUUCUCGCGGCCGUUGAAAAGCCUGCUUCAGAUGACAAGGGAAAGAACCCGGAGGCUACUGCCGCAACGUCGACGACAGUUAGCUCUGAGGAACUCGUGAAGUCUGAGGCUGUGCAGUCACAGCGGCCCUCGCGACCCGGAGAAAAUGCCCUUAGGGAACCCGCCACUGCUUUGCAAGAACUGGCAUCCCUGGGCAACUCAACGAAUGUGCAAAAUCUCAUAUCCAGCAUAGACGCGGUCGGUGCUGAAGAGAUACUGUCGCUCGAUCCAACCGACAAACAAGAAGGUUUCCGAGAGCUUGAAGCGUGGGUAGAUGGGUCGCUUGACAUGUAUCGACCUGAGUUUCGGCCUAUCCUAUUUCCCAUUUUCUGCCAUUUCUACCUUGAUCUCAUACAAUAUGGCUUCAAGGAAGCUGCCAUCAGAUUCUAUACCGAGUUCUCCCCUUCGUUGGGACCUUCCCAUAGUGCCACAUUACACCACCUAUCCACCCUCUUGCUCCCUGCGCAUGUGCAAAACGAUGAGCUUGCCCAGCGGUUCCGUAAUGAGAAGUAUACUAUUCGGAUGAGCCGUUCAGGUUUUGACCUGCUUGUUGGCUGGCUGACAGAAGGUGUUGGUGGCGAGGCAACAGGACAAGGGGAAGGCUUCUCAGGAGAAAAAGGAAAACGAGGACGAGCUGCAAUGCUGCGAGUGGUAAACAACCACCUACGUUUCGACGUAACGCCAUCGUCGACGACAUCCGUCUCCCUGAACGCAUGGGAAGAGUCUACGGGUCUCUUGUCCUCCGCCAUUCCCCAGGCGAAUGGAAAUGCAACACUCACUAAUCCCAACUCCUUUAACGCAUCCAAGGGGGAGUUGAAGCUAGGACCGGCACCUGUACCCGAAGAACUCCGGGCAGAAGCAGAGCGCGUCAUGAGAGAACAGGCUAUGAUGGACCGCGACCCGGGAGCUCAAUAUGACCCUCAGCUGUACUCAAAGGCCCUAGCGCCGCAGCCAGGGGUAGUCGCUCCUUCUCCGUCUGACCUGCCACCCUAUCCUCCGUCCUUCAAAACUAUUGAUGUGAAGAGGGAAGUCGAGAGGGUGCGCGAUGCGCGAAAGAGGAUCCGACUUGAGCGCCCCAGCACACAUGGAGCCGCGUCGCAAGGGCAUGCGCCAAGGAAUCUCCCAUUACCUAGUAUUUGCGCCUACACCUUACACGAUGUAGGCGAAGGUGUGCCGUGUUGCACGUUCUCCAUGGACACCUCCUUGAUGGCGGCCGGCUUCUCUGAAAGCUAUAUUCGGCUAUGGAGUCUUAAGGGCGAGAAGCUCAAAGGAUAUAGGAGCGACUUUCAAUCCAGUUCUAUAAAAGACGUCCGCGAAAAGGGCGGAGACACCACACGCAAACUGAUUGGACACAGCGGCCCCGUGUACUCGGUUGCCUUCGACCCUGUCAGCGGGUCAGCGGCUCCUCCCCGCUAUUUGCUCUCAGCAUCUGCGGAUGCGACUACUCGGCUAUGGUCUCUAGAUACCAUGUCAAACGUUGCGGCAUACCGAGGACAUCAAAAUCCAGUCUGGGAUGUCCAAUGGGGCCCUAUGGGAAUCUACUUCGCAACCGCCAGCAGAGACAGGACUGCACGGCUGUGGUCAACAGACAGAACCUCUGCACUCCGAGUAUAUGCGGGCCACCUGAGCGAUGUCAACAGUGUCCGCUUUCAUCCUAAUUCAUUGUACCUCGCCACGGGUUCUAGUGAUUGGACAACCCGAUUGUGGGAUGUACAGAAGGGUUCUUGUGUCCGUGUCUUCAUCGGGCAUCAAGGCAUUGUCUCGACUCUCGCAUUUAGUCCAGACGGGCGAUAUCUAGCUAGUGCAGGAGAAGAUCUCGCCAUUAAUCUGUGGGAUAUUGGUUCUGGCCGCCGAAUCAAGAAGAUGACGGGCCAUACAGCGUCCAUUUAUUCUCUCGCCUUCAGUGCGGAAUCUAGUAUGUUAAUCUCCGGCGGAGCUGAUUGGACUGUGCGCUGCUGGGACGUGGAGAGCGCGGGUGGGCCGCUUACGAAGACUCGGGAAAAUGGCUGUGUCUUGUCUAGAACCGACCUCAUGGCAACAUUCCCCACGAAACGGACACCCGUCAUUAAUGUGCAAUUCACACCAAGGAACCUCUGUUUAGCGGCUGGUCUAUACCUGAGUCCCGAGCAACGAUGA